GAAUAGAAGAGGAAGAAACGGCAACGCCCGUUUUAGGUUUUGGUAGUUCACUGAUACAGAGACAGAACAUAAACCCUAAACCUCCAAAGCUCGCCAUAUUUCUUUCUUUUUAAUUUCUUUGUAUAGAAUAAAAAAAUUAUUGUAGUUAGGAAGAGAAAGAAAAAUGCAGCACGAUGAGGUCAUAUGGCAAGUUAUCAGGCACAAUCACUGCAGUUUUAUGGCCAAAAUCACAACGGGGAAUUUUUGUAGAAACCCAUAUAACAUAACUGGGAUUUGUAAUCGGAGCUCUUGCCCUCUUGCUAAUAGUCGCUAUGCAACUAUCCGUGAUCACGAUGGUAUCUUUUAUUUAUAUAUGAAGACUAUUGAGAGAGCUCAUAAACCCAAUGAGUUAUGGGAAAGAGUAAAGUUGCCAAGAAACUACGAGAAGGCACUUGAAAUCAUAGACAAGCAUUUGAUGUACUGGCCAAAGUUUCUUGUGCACAAAGCUAAACAGCGCCUGACAAAAAUGACUCAGAUGCGUAUACGAAUGAGGAAGCUGGCAUUGAAAACAAGGGAGAAGAUAAUGACUACACCCAGAAAAGAGAUAAAGAGAGAAUCUAGAAGGGAGAAAAAGGCUGAAACAGCUGCUGAACUGGAUAAGAGUAUUGAGAAAGAGUUGCUUGAAAGACUCAAUGGAGGACUUUAUGGUGACAUACAUAAUAUUCUACCAAACUAUUUCAACAAAAUUCUUGACGAAAAUGAACUGCAUGCUGUUAGCGAUGAUGAUGAUGUAGUGGAACCUGAAAUAGAAUAUGUUCAAGGCUAUGAUGAUCUUGAAGAAGAAGAUGAUAUAGAAGAUUUUGGUGGUUUUGCUAUUGACGAGUCUCUCAAGAAUAAUGAUGAUGCACCUGAGGAUGAAGAGGAGAUGGGCACAGUUGAUCGUAAGAGGUUAAAGAUUAGAUCAGAGUCUGCUCGUCGAAAGGUGGAGGAAGAUGAACCUAGAAAAUCAAAAAAGAAAGCUAGGGUUCUGGUUGAGGUUGAGAAUGAAGAUGCUUCUGAAAGGCAGAGGGAAACCUUUUGAGAGGGUUUUAAGACAUCUGCGUGUAAAAUUGUUGUUCUUUACAUCAAUUUUGUAAUUUAGGUUUCAUACUUGGGAAGUUAAAUCUCUACUAAAAGUUAUAUCUUUUGCUUUGUCU